AUGGGUCUGCUUUGGAACGGACACUCGUCUGUACGGGGCAAGGCUCUAGUAGCCGCUAUCACAUCCGUUUGCUCUUCUGGGUUCUUGCUGUUUGGUUAUGACCAAGGUGUCAUGUCCGGAGUCAUCGUGUCCCAGAACUUCCUAGACCUAAUGGGGAACCCAAAUUCUUCUCUCACUGGAGCCAUCUCAUCCCUGUAUGACGUUGGCGCUAUAUUCGGCGGACUCGCUUGCGCUGUCUUCGGAGAGAGGAUUGGUCGCCGCGGUGUUCUGAUGUAG